AUGAUGGCGAUUCCUGACCUCUACUCAUGCACCCUUCUCACAGAUAGAGGAAAAGCCGGGUGGAGUCUCCUGUGGAUGGCUUCUAUUGAAGUGUGUUGCUUCCGUAAAGGAAACGGCUACAGUCGAAAAAGUUCGAAAACAUUCGAAUCUUGGAGAAAUGCUAUAUCAGACAUUUCCACUUGUGAGAUUGUCAAUCCAUUAGGAUCCGAUUGCUGCACGGCCGAUGCCGGUGUAGAGGCUAAAAUUCGCCACAGGACUCUUACAUGGUAUCCUGAACUUCAUCUUCAGAAACAGUCGAUUAUUCGUCGUAACUUUAUGAAAAUAGAUCGGUCACAAAUAUCCAAGCAUCCACCACACAAAGGCGUUGGCACGCCAAUAACACCCGAAGGCUAUUUGGAGCGGAAAGCAAAAUACAAAGACCGGCACAUCACUUGGGACACUGAGUGCCCUGUUUUCGUCGUGUAUGGUUAUGAUCCUUGCCGAGGUGAAAUCGAGUAUGAUGAAAAUACAAUGGACGAUGCGAGUUUGAGAGAAGGCGAAGAAAUUGAAAAGAACAUCGACAAGAUUCUCGCCAACCCUCGUACACCUGACAAAGAGCCAGCGCAAAAGAAUCCCUAG